AUGAGCAGCUACGUACGCAACAAUCCCCAUUCUUCUGGUGUUUAAAAUAACACUACCAGUUCUCCAAACAGAUCUAUUAGUCCUAUCCACUACGUCAAGCCUUCUUCUGUCUACUACACCUCUACUAUCUCUCCUAGCAAAUCUUUAUAGAGCACUGCUAAGAAGUCUGUCUAACCUGUCCGCCCUAACAUUGAAGCUAGUCCUAACAAAAAUCUUACCUUAGCCUAAUAGGAUGAAGUAGACUUAUGGAAGAGUCGUUGCAACGAGUUAGAAACUUCUCUCUGCUAAGUCAAUACUGAUCUUGAACUCGCUUCAUUCAAGGCUAAGAAAGCUAAAGAUCUUGAAAGCAAGGUUGAUGAUAUUCUCAAGCAAAAUGCCCAACUUUUAGGUGAAAACGACUAACUUUCCAAAUAAUUCUCCUAAAAGAGAACUGAAUCUGAUAUCUGGAAGAGCAAAUAUGAUGCUUAAAUGAAUACAAUCCUUUCUCUCAAGGACAAUUACGAAAGAGAAAUCAAGAGAUUACAAAAUGAAUUAUCUCAAUCCAGAGAACUUUACGAUGGUCUCUAACAAGAAAGACUUAAAGAAGCUUAAGAAACUAAAUAAUAAUUAAUCCAUGAUAAUCUCACCUAAAUCGAAUCUCUUAAGCGUUCCCACUGCUCUAAUGUUACUCUCUAUGAAGAACAAUUAAGAAAAAUGAGAGAUAACCUUGAAGAAAGAGAAAAAGAAAACCUCAAUUUAUAAGGAAAAUUGAUGGAUCUUAAGAAUUACUCUGAAAGUGAAUAAAAUAGACUCAACGAAGACAGAGAAAAAUUAAGAAUGAAGAUCUCUCAAAUGGAACUUGAUCAAUCAAAAGAACUUGAAAACUUGAAGAGAAGAUGUGAUGGUCUUACUUUAGAAUAAAUUAGUGCUUUAAAGAAAUUACACGAAAGUGAAUUAGAUGUUCUUGAAAGUGAACUUAACAAGCUCAAGAACUUACUCGAUAUCAAGAACUAAGAAAUUGGUACUCUCAUCUAGUAAAAUAAAUCAUAAAAGCGUAAUUUCGAUAAUGAACUAUAAUCCGUUCGUGAUGAAAAUGAAGCUCUCAAGGACAAAAUUUUAGAAAAUAACCGUUGCAAGGAAGAUGAAAUUGAUGAUAUCUAAAAUAAACUCGCUAAGCUUCAUACCACUGAUAUCUAAAACUUGAAGGAUCGUCAUGAUAAUCAAGUUAAGAUGCUCAAUGAUUAAAUCAACGACUUGAAGAGAGUUAUUGAUCUUAAGUAAGAGGAAAUCGAAAACUAAAUCAGAGAAAAGAACAACUAAAGAGAUGCAUUCAAUGCUAAGUGUGAUAGACUUAAUAGCGAUAUUGAAACCUAAAAGUUAAAAUACUAAGUCCUUGAAGAAGACAGAAAGAAAGAUUAUGAUGAAGCCACUGAAGCCCUUAACCGUGCUAACAGUGCUCAUGCUGAGUUCUCUGAAUAACAAAGAAGAUAAAUUUAAUUCCUUGAAAGUGAAAUUGAAAAGUUAAAACAAUUACUUGUACAUAAGAACAAUGAAAUUGAUAUUAAUAUCGCUUAACACAGAACUAUCAAGAACAAUUUAGAAGAAGAUAUCAGACAACUCAAGCUCGACAAUAGCGACCUCAGAAAGAGACUUGACCAAUUAGAAUACUCUAAGAAUCUUCAACUUGAAGAACUUCGUCAAAAAGUAGUUGCUCUUGAUAACAAUAACUCAGAAAGAACCAAGAAAUUCGAAGCUCAAAUUGACUAUCUUGAAAAUGAACUUAGCAGAGCUAGAGAUAACUUGAAGAUAAAGACAGAAGAAACCAACAGUCAUUAAAUCCAUAGAAAUCUCUUAGAAACUGAAAAUAAGAAGCUUAAUGCUGAAAUUGACAGCUUAAAUAACCACAUGGUCAUGUUGGAGAAAUUAAAAGCUUAAGAAAUCCAAGAAUUAAGACACAAGUUAGAAAGCUCAAACAACUACACCAUCGAGUCUAUCAAGGCAUCCCAUAAUAACUAAUUAGAAGCUAUGGCCAAUGAAAUUGAAGACUUGAAGAAUAUAAUUGAAAUGAAGGACAGAUAAUUAGGAGAAAAGGCAGAUUAAUAUUAAAAGCUUGAAAAAUCCUUAGUAGACAUUUAAAACAACACUGACCUCUCUGAUUACUAAAUGAGAAUUUCUAAGCUCGGUGCUGAAGUUGCUACUACCAAGAACCUUUAUGACGUUUUUGUCAAGACUAGACAACCUUCUUAUGGCUCUGGUAAAAAAUUAAUGCCCAAUAACAGUGGUGUUUCUCCCAUUAAGAAAGUCAGUCAAUUUUGA